UAGAAAUGUACUGGUUCAGUAUUGAUAUUCGACAUAUUCCUUUAACUAACUUUUGUAUAGGCUCGGUGUUGUAAAUGUAAUGGAAAGGUACAGUUUCGGUACUGAUACCCAAUAUAUUACUUUUGCCGAUUUCAGUACUGAUGUAAUAACAAAAAUCUACUGGAAAUGUACUAGUUCAGUACUGAUAUUCGACAUAUUCCUUUAAACAACUUUUUAUAGGCUCAGUGUAAAUAUAACGGGAAUGUACAGUUUUGAUACUGAUACCUGACAUAUUUCUUUCGCCGAUUUCAGUAUUGAUAUAAUAACAAAAAUCUACUGAAAAUAUACUGGUUCAGUAUUGAUAUUCGACAUAUUUCUUUAACCAACUUUUGUAUAGGCUCGAUGUUGUAAAUAUAACGGCAAAGUACAGUUUCAAUAUUGAUAUUCGACAUGUUACUCUCGCCGAUUUCAGUACUGAUGUAAUAACAAAAAUCUAUUGGAAAUGUACUGGUUCAGUACUGAUAUUCGACAUAUUCCUUUUGUCAAUUUUUGUAUUGAUAUGUUACUGAAAUUUUACCGGCAAUAUGCUGAACUAGUACUACUAAUCUACAUAAUGGGCUAGUACAAUAUCAUUAUUUUUUUAAUGUUGGUCCAGUACAAGGCCAGUACUGAAAUAUGAAUCUCAAUUUUCAGUACAGAAUCGCUACCUCGCCAUUAUUCAAUACUAGUACAAUGUAUUCUAUUCCUACUUGGGUACUAAGAAUGGUGACACGUAUAAGAAAAUGUUUAAACAAAAGUUGCAUCUUGUUUUUUUUUGCUCUACGCAACUGCAUAUAGAUAAGAAUGAAAAUAUAUGUGUUGUUUAAGUUACUUCUCUUUUUUUGUUUCUAGUGUUAGGUUAAAACAAAAAGAAAGAAAAAUCUUAUUAUAUGAUAAUUUAUUUUAACUUAACUAUUUAACUGGCGAGUUUGGUUCUCCCGGAGUACUCAUUUUCCUCAGAUAAAUUGAGUGGAAGGAGAAGUGGAUCUCAGAAUCUAAUCAAUCGAAUUGCUGAGAUUCUUGGCCAGGAUCUACCAACAGUCAGCAGUUAAACUUUGGCAUUUAGACUUUAUCUAGUCUGAUAUCCAAGACUCUUAAAAGAAGAAGAAGAAAAAGCCGCGGUCAAAGGUAUAAAAAUCAUGGGGCAGCGUACAGCGUUACUGGUACUUGAGGUACUGAUAUUCCAACAGGGACUAGCCCUUAUACGGGCACCACGUGUUGCCAUUAUAGGAGGUGGCAUUGGUGGUGCAUCCGCCUCGCAUUUUUUCACAGAGUUAUUAAAUGGAACUGUGGAUAUCGACCUAUACGAGGCAAAAACUAUCGGCGGAAGAUUGGCGACUAUCAAGAUUGAUAAUGAUGAAGUCGAAGUUGGUGGUAUGGUUAUACAUCCCAUGAACAUGUAUAUGCAAAGAUUUGUUAAACUUUUGGGUUUGGAAAAGAGUUCUUACAUUGAUUCGGACAAAAGUGUUGCCAUAUGGAAUGGAGAUGAGUUUAUAUUUCGAGGAGAUGAUAUAAUAUCAAAGAUAAAGUUAUUUUGGAGAUACGGCAUUCAAAUAUUCAACCUCAAAAACCAUGUAGAAAACAUAAUGGAAAAUAUUGCGAAGAUAUACGAUCUGCAGGAUGCUGGGCAUUCCUUUGCCAAUGCCACCGCACUAUUAUCAGCUAUAAAUAAGGAUUUUCCGAAGUUAUUGCAAACCUCCAUGAGAGAGUAUCUUUUGCGUCAAGGUUUUAAAAAGAUUCUGAUCGAUGAAUUAGUGCAAGCCACUACCGUAGCUGUUUAUGACGUAGAAGUUCAAAAUAUUCAGAGUUUUGUUGGUUGUAUAUCUGUAGCUGUAGUAUGCGCUGAUUUGUGGUCUGUUAAGGGUGGAAACAAAAAGGUACCGCAGCAUCUCAUUUAUAGAAAUAAGAACGUAAACGUAGUACCGAGUCGCGUUAUAAAGAUCCACAAUCUAGCAAACGUAUCUAAUUCGAGUCAGUACGAAGUGACCUACAUAAAUAAAGGUAACACGGACUUAAUAACAUCUAAUUACGACAUUGUGAUUAUUGCCGCACCACUUACUAGCGACCAAGAAUUUCAAAUAGAAUUCGUCGGAUUUCCAAACAGCUUAGUGUUUUCAGGAGACUAUCAGACAGUAUAUGUGACACUUGUCAAAGCGAAACUUAAUCUAACAUAUUUUGGUUUGCAACAGUCUAUAAAUAAUAUUCUAAGUUUUAAUCUCAAUCAAACCAGGAUCAGUUUGUUCGAGAAAUCUAGUCUUGUUGACGAUUCAGUUAAGAAAUCUCCUCGAGUUUGGAGUAUACGUAGCAAGGAACCUAUGGAGUCAAGUGCUAUACACGAAAUGUUUUCUCAUGUCAUCGAGAAAAAAGAAAUCGUUUGGAAAGCAUAUCCCCAGUACUCGACAAAUUUGAAACCCAAUAAUUUCAAGUUACACGAUGCUUUGUAUCAUGUCAAUGCGAUGGAAUGGAUUGCAAGUGCAAUGGAAAUGAGUGCGAUUGCUGGAAGAAACGUCGCUAUUUUGGCAUACAAAGAUUUUCAGAAAUCACGGCUGUCGGACAGUCUUUCAACAUACGAGGUGUGAUCAAAAAAAGCAGCGUCGCAUGAACAUCACCCAAGACAUGUUGAACGACGUCAAUGAUGAUCCUGAU